AUGGAAAUUCAGUCAGUAUAUCACAGUAUAGUUAGGGAUUAUGCUACCAAUCAUAACUUAUAUUGCUGCGGACGAGAUUUGAGGCCUGUAAAAGCUAAAGAGGUGGCACCAUUCGCACCGGGACGCACACAUUGCACGUGGACAGCUUACUGCAGCCAGCUGUAUGCAGUGGCGCGCACAUUUGAGCAGCUCGUUCAAAUACCCCUACCAUGCCAUUUUUGUCGUCACAUUCUCGUCCAACCACUAAUUUUACUUCUUUUCAUAAGUCUUAUAAUUAUAAUAGGCCUCAUAAGUAGAGCCAUCGGGGCUUUCACACUGCAAGCAAUCGUUCCGAUCCUUUGCUACUUGCCAACAAUUUUGAUGUCUGCUUUUGUACAAACAUUUAAAACGGAGAUUGUCUUCAUCGAAUAUCUCAUGCUUUGCUUUGGAGCAUUACCAAGUGUGAUAGAUCCUCUGAUCACGAUUUAUUUUGUUCCAUCCUACAGGAAAUGGUUUAAGGAAAAGUUUCUCAAACGCCUUCUUCUAACUAAAGUAGUGAGGCAAAGCACGAUAAUAAAUUCACAUGAACCUGUUUUCAAUUUCAAAGUUAGAUCGAUCACCGCACUCACUAGAGUUGUCCACAAUUAG